CCGCAGCUCCUGAACCCGCAUCGGGAGAGCGAGGCCCGGCCCCGCCGCGCCGCUCCCGCCCCAUCAGGAGAGGGGCAGGGCCGCACCGCGCCACACCGCCCCGCAACCGGCGGAGCUGUGCCGCGCCAUGAAGAUCAAGGAUGCCAAGAAGCCGUCAUUCCCAUGGUUUGGAAUGGACAUUGGGGGAACCUUGGUGAAACUUGCCUAUUUUGAACCUAUUGAUAUCACUGCGGAGGAGGAGCAGGAGGAAGUCGAAAGCUUGAAGAGCAUCCGCAAGUACCUGACAUCGAACGUGGCCUAUGGAUCCACAGGCAUUCGGGAUGUCCACCUGGAGCUGAAAGACUUAACGAUUUUCGGUCGGAGAGGAAACUUGCACUUUAUUCGAUUUCCGACUCAUGAUCUGCCUACUUUUAUCCAAAUGGGAAGGGAUAAAAACUUCUCGACGCUGCAUACGGUGCUCUGUGCCACAGGAGGUGGAGCUUACAAGUUUGAAGAAGACUUUCGCACAAUUGGAAACCUCCAGCUGCACAAACUGGACGAGCUUGACUGCCUUGUCAAAGGCUUGCUGUACAUAGACUCUGUCAGCUUCAAUGGCCAGGCAGAGUGCUAUUACUUUGAAAAUGCCUCAGAACCUGAGCGAUGCCAGAAGAUGCCUUUUAACCUGGAUGACCCGUAUCCACUGCUGGUUGUUAACAUUGGUUCAGGAGUCAGUAUUUUAUCGGUUCAUUCCAAAGACAACUAUAAGAGAGUAACUGGAACAAGUCUAGGUGGAGGAACCUUCCUUGGUUUAUGCAGUUUGUUGACAGGCUGUGAAAGUUUUGAAGAAGCUUUGGAAAUGGCAUCCAAAGGAGACAGCACACAUGCAGACAAGCUGGUUCGAGAUAUCUAUGGGGGAGACUAUGAAAGAUUUGGCUUGCCAGGAUGGGCUGUAGCAUCCAGUUUUGGGAAUAUGAUCUACAAAGAGAAGAGAGAGACUGUUAGCAAAGAAGAUCUUGCCAGAGCCAUAUUGGUCACCAUCACCAAUAACAUCGGGUCCAUUGCCCGGAUGUGUGCAGUAAAUGAGAAAAUAAAUAGAGUUGUGUUUGUUGGCAAUUUUUUACGUGUGAAUACUUUGUCAAUGAAGCUUCUUGCAUAUGCACUGGAUUACUGGUCGAAAGGCCAGCUGAAGGCCUUGUUCCUAGAACAUGAGGGCUACUUUGGAGCUGUUGGUGCUCUUCUUGGGCUGCCUAAUUUCAGUUGAGAUACAAGAGGUCACUACACUGAACUAUUUUCCACCUGGAUGACACUUAUUUUUGGCAAUGGGAACUAAAUCUGGGGAGGGGGAAAGGAAAUAACAGAUUUUCUGUAACUUUUUAAAUUGAAAAAGUGAUGAGCUACUGAAUAUUGCCGUUCUAAGAAAGCCGUUUUUUUACUCCUUUGGGCAUUCAAAAGUAAAAUAUUUGGGGAUAUCAUUUGUGUUCAUUAAUUUGUGUAGCCAUUAUUGAACUUCCAGUAUGCGAUACAUCCUUGGAAAACAAGCUUCUGGAAUAAGGAAUGCCAUCCCUCCAAGUGCUCUGUACUAAAAUAUUGCCGGUUUCCUCCUGAGGCUUUAAGCCUAUUUGUUUUGUAUAUCACUGAACAAAAAACGAUUUUUAUUGGCUUUACUUCAGCAUGAGCACAAUUUCCCUUGAGUACACAACCUUAAAAACAGUAUGGAAGUAUCAACAAAAUGAGGAGACUGUAGGCAAUUGUUCCCCACUGUGGCAAUAGUAAUUAUGCUCUUUUUAUGUGUAAUGGAAGUAUUAUUAAUGCUCUGUUUUUCGGUGGGAAGAGUAAAAGCAGAAAAUCAGCCAAAGCAGCAGAGUAAGCAGUUGAUAUUUUAAAGGUCUUGUGAAUACACCUACCUGCCUUCUUUGCUUAUUUGAAGGUUUACCUGAUUUAUUUCCCCACCAGGAUGUGACUUCCAAAAAUAAUGCCAUCUAUUCUGGCGGGUUUUCUUGGUGCCUCAUAAAUUCUGACAUCGUACAUCAUAAGCUGUAUUAUAGGCACCACAAAGCCUGUGAGAGUUAAACCCUCAUAAGGUGGACUGAAAAUGGAACAUUACAAUUCUGAUGCUUUGGCUCAUCUAUAUGGAGAUUUGGAAGUUUUCUCUGCCAUUGUAUUGUACUGAAAAGCUGAUUUCUCUGCAGUUUUUUGAGUUAAUCAGACUCUAAUUAGAUGUUCAACAUGGAAGAUUACUUGGUUGCUUUUGGAUUUGAGGGUUUGUGCUCUGAAAGUUGAGGGCAGCAUCAGAGGUUGUAUUGCAGUACUAGAAGUACAAUAUGUGGUGCACUCACAGUAUGGAACCGUUCAUCAAACUGUGGCCUUGGGAUAAACUCUGGAACUGAUCUUUCAAUAUUUUUCCUGUGUACUUUUCAGAUUGUUGUUAUUGUAAUAAGCAUAUUCCUGAGGCAGGGCAUGAAAUCAUAGGUUUGAAAGGAGAUUAUACAGUCGUUAGCUAUUUGAAUCUUUGUGGACUAAAAAAACACUCAAGUUUAUGAUUAGAUUUUGAUGUGGUUUCCUAUAAAUGCAUGAGGGGAAACCAAAGUAGAACACACUUGUGUUGGGUUUUAAUGUGUUUUUAGAACUGAUAAUUGCUCAAGUAUUUCACAGCAUGGCUGCAUUGUAUUCACAGACACACACACAAGGUAUGUUUGACAGCUCAAUGUGCAUUUUUCAGUUGUCCUUCAUUUGAUUUCAGUGCCCCGUCAUAGCAUUGCACGGGGUUUUGUUGUUGUUCUUUCUGUGUUGCUUUUAAAAAGGAAACAAACUGCCUUCCUUUAAGAGUGCAGUAACGUAGAGUGGCUGCUUUGUUAAGCCCAGAUAUAGCUCAUCUGCUGCUGCUUUUUUUACUGCUCAUGUCACGUUUCAGAAUGUUUUGACGGCCUCCUGGAAAAUUUAUUUUCCUUCCAAAGCAAAGUAUUUUGAGGCACACUAUAGCUUGCUUAAAAAUAGUUCCUUUGAACUAUUUAUUGCAUCUUCACUUCUCAUGCUGUUACUGAAGCAGUAAUUGGAAGUAUCUAUUAUGUUUAACAAGGAGCACAUGUAGGAAAGGUGGUUACUUAAUGACCAUGACCGUGGCUAAUUUAAACCAUUUGAAACUGAUAUGACAUAAAUACAUCUUUAAGGUUAAUUGGGCAACUAUGGAAUAAAUUCAAUAAUAGCAGCACUCUAUGGAAACUACUGUGAGAAUGGAAAGGCAUGCUCUACCUCUAGUUUCCUUCCCUUGAGCUUGCAGAAAAACCAAUUGCUUCCUUCUGCUUGUUUUAUCAGCACAAUUGUUAUUUCAUUCCUUCCAAGUUUUCAAGAUUUUCUUUUGGUUUGUCUCAUUUUCUCUCAACUCAGAACUUGUUACUGGAGUCUCCAAAGGUUGGCUCUACCACCACCAGUAAUGCUGGGCUUCACAAAUGGUUGCAAGAUAAGCCUUAAAAUCGUCUUACCUAAAUUCUUUUCUAAAUUGGCUGAAAAGGCUUGUAUCUUUUAUACAAAUACCUGAAGUAAGUUGCUUUUCACCAGUCUUUGCAGUUUACUUUCAUGCUUGAUAUUUCUCUUCCUCAAAGCUAACAGUUUCAAGCUGCUGCAAAGCGAGCUGAUUCAGUGUACAACAGCAGAGGACAUCUGGGGUUUUCUCAGGGCUCCUUUUCUCAAGUAGAACUGCUCUAAAGGAAGGCUGUCUGAUCCUUCUAAAGCAAAACAUAAAACUCAUUUGGAACGUGUAAUUGCUUUCAACUCAAUCAGCCAUGCAAGUGCCUUUUAAGUUGUUCAUAUAAUGCCAAUUUUGAUGGUACUACUUAAUCUGUGUGACUUUUUGACCAGUGUUGCUUAUCAGAUAAUUUUAUCAGCCAUGGAGAUGAUCCCUUCAAUCUAGUGUAGCUAGAGAUGCCAGGAAAACUGUGUCAGCUUUUGGGCUGCCCAUCUCCAUAGCCCUUACCUUGGGGUAGUGCCUUCGCACUUCUGUUUGAUCUUUUUAACUAUUCAACGCACAGUUUUAUUCUAUCUGUAUCUCCCUAAAAAUUGUACUGGUUUUUAUCCAGAUGAGAAAAGGUAUUUAAUAUAUUUUUUUUCUGGCCAAAGAAAUUUUUGAUAUGAAACUAUCCCAGGUUGGUAUAGCUGCUAAACUUAACCUCAUCCACUGUUCCAGUUCUACAUGGGGUAACAGCAGCUUGAACAAAAAGAGAACUUUUUCUACAAUCCACUUUGAAUACUUAGUAAACUUGAGUGAACAUAUCUUAGCGGAGGUUUAAUUGUAAAUACUACUUCAAUUUAUUCAAUUUCUUUUUCUUAUUAAGACUCAAAGUUAACAGUCCAGAGAAAAGCAACAUUGGUACAGUUGUCUAGUUUGGUCCAGAUAUUAAAACAUAUUUGGGUGUUUGCUGUACCUUCUGAGGAUCUUUGCCUGUCUUUCUCUAUGGGUGAGCAAGCACCUGUGUGAUUGUACUAACCCAUCAUAGAAUACUUUUGUAUUUCAGAGCUGGGACAGCAGGAUCUCAUUCCUUCCAUGCCACACUUACUCUCAACAUGAAAGUUAACAACAAAAGUUCAGUUCUGGCUUCUCAUAGUGGAGUAAAUGUUCCUUCAGUAGUACUGUGAGAUGUCUGCAUUUGAGUUGGUAGUAUAUUUGCUAGGUGAUUAUAUUGACUUUAAGGAUUCAUUACUAACACUUUGUCUCUAUCCAGUGUAGGUCUUCAGGAAAUUUCUGCUUUCAAGCAAGUCGCAGUAGCUUCUCAUUUUAAACGUUUCAGAAUAACAGUGAGGUUUUAACACCUGAGACUAAUCAGUAUAUUUUAUUAUUCCGGAGUAAGUCUCUGCUUAUUCAAGACUAGAUGAUACCUUACACAUUCAGUCUGACUUAUGCUAAUGCCUACAUUCAUUCAAACCACGGUUUAAACAUCACUUUCACUAUUCACAAUCUGGAAACUGGUUGGCUCUAAUUCUGAGGCAACAGUUUGCUUGAGUUCUGAACAGAGCUCAGGAUCAGUGUAGUUCUGUUUAGCUGGUCAGCUUUUUAUCCCAAGUCCAUUUGCACAUAUCCCAAGGUUUGUUCUCUUCCUUGUCGAUGUUUUCCUAGUGCCAGGGAUUUCUACAUCCUUUUUCUAAUUAUUAUUAUUAUAUAAGCUUACAAGACACAUGAGUGUGUAAUAGAGCUGUUCUUAGGUUAAAAACUAACCAGAAAUGCUGUGGAUCAGACUGGAAGUGUUUGACCAAGACCUGCUGGUUACAGUGCAGAGCUAGGAAGACACUUGACACAUCUAGUUACUUUUUGGUUUUAGUAUUUAACACUUAACACAGUGAGAGGGAGAAUAGUUCAGAUCAUUGUAGAUAAAAUGGACAAAUUAUUUUAAGUCCUCAGAUGUGACCAUGGGAGAGAAAGAAAAAACCCCACCUUGUUGCGCAGCGUGGAGGGAUAAUUGUCCACUUGCAUUGAGUUUUAUUAAUAUGUUCCAAAGUACAUUGCCAGUAUUCUGCCAUCUGAGAUAGAAUAUUAUUAAUUCCUUGUAUUAAAGUCCGCAAAAAAAGCCUGUUUAGUUACUUUUGUUUACUUCAAACGUACAAAAUAUAUUAAACAUUUGUAAAAACGUAUUUCACGCUUUGUGAAAACAUCUCAAAAGAUGCUGUAAUAUAAUUGUAAUUAUUUGUGUGCUAAUGGAAUGUGUUGGAGCAGUCUAAGUCUGCAUAACUGAGUGCCAAGUCCUGCUCUCUUCAGUUACUGAAGCAGAUAAUUCUCUUAAGUUGGGGCUGUUGGAGAUGAGUGAGCAGGAUUUGGCCUCAAGGCCUCCUGCUUGGGGAAUGCAGUCGUGCUACUUUGCAUAUUCCUGCUGGUGCUGCAUCAUUUGUUGAAAGAGAAAAGUUAUAAAUAGAAAUUGUAAAUAAAGUAUGUAUAGCCUGGUCCUUGUGAGAGACUUAAAACAGACAGGGUUCGGCUUCCCGUGCUGCUUUCUGUAAGGCUCCUGACAUUCCAGGUAUGCGUUAUGGUACGGAUCAUUUUCAUUGCAGGAUUUCAGUGUUACCUUCAGGCUUGUUUUCUCAUUGUACCUGUUAUAAGCAGGUAGCACCAACUAGAACAGCAUCAGCAUUUGUUUUCUGCUAAAACAUCAAGAAAAUCAGACAUUCCUUUUAGCCUUUGGGAAAGUUUUUGAAGAGAUGCAGAAAUACCAUUUAAAAUGAAACAUGUUAAUUAGUCUCAUCCGUAAAAUAAACUGGAAUAUGGUCUAUCAGUUGCUACUCCAUGCUAUAAAUUACUGAUGUUUCACUGCUCCUCUAGCAUCAGUUUGAGAGCAUUGUAAAUACAGACUUUGGAGGAGGUGUGUUAGUUCCAGGCCGUGCAGUACAAACAAUGAUGGUAAGACUAGAGAACUCAUAUUUUGAGAAAUAAAAAACUAACAGCAUCUAGAACGUGGAAAUUAGUGCAUUGAUGUUAUAGGAUAUAGAGGGCUUUUGAUAACCUGCGCUUUUCUACAUUUCUGAUGAGUUGGGGCAUUUUAACACUUGAGUAUUUGAUUUUUUCCAUUGACUGUCCUGUCAUGCCUGCUAAUGACCAAUUGCUUCUCUUCACGUGUUUGUUUUUGAUGCUUAGCAAAACAAGCAGGCAGAUCUGUAAAAUGCAAACCCCUCGUAGGAUGGAAGUUCUCUCAAGAGCCAUUUGGUUAAGUUGCCUUAUUCUAUGACAUUGCACUCAUGUUAUGUCUCCACUUUCUUGUUUACUGUUCUGACCCUGAAGAUGCGGUAGAAAAACGUGCUACAAAUUUUUAUUCCUAAAUUACAGAUCAAUACCUUUGUGUCACCUGUUAAUAUAGCUCUUGUAAAUGAUACCUUUAUGCCAUCUGUAACGCAGCUCUUGUAAAUUGUUUAAAUUAUUUCUUUUUAUAGAUUCUCAUUAUUGAAUGUACAGAUUAGACCCUUUAUUAUGUCACUGAAUAAGUUCAUUGCGCCUUAAAUGUGGCCAGGGCUGUAAACCAUCCCAUUAAAACUGUAAAUAACUCUUUACUGCUUGUUUGCAUGAAUGAAGUUUGCAUUUCAUUUACCUUGUCAUCAGCCAACUCCUCUGUGAUGGGCCUACUUUUUACAGUUCAUUUUCCUGGUUUUGUUAGCAUUCAUUCUGUAUGAAUGUUGAAACAGUACUUUUGUCUUUUCCUAAUAAAUAACUUGAAAUUGUU